ACAUCUUGGGGUGUUUUACCCAUUCGCUUUCCCGCAAAAUCUCCCUUUCUUCACCCCCGAUCCCUUGCUCCCAAUUCCGUCGCUCUGCGGAAAUCGGAUUCCUCCGGCGAGCAAAAUCCGGCCGGCGCCGAUCGUCCCUCGCCUCCUCCGAUUCGAAUCAGGUUCUGGUAACAAGUGUUGAAGAGUUGUGCAUAGGACACGCGGUCUGAGAAUCUCGUUAUUUCAUUGUAGCACUUGCUGGAGGAUCCACUGGAAUAUUUGUUUGGUUAUGGAUUUCUGUAAUUAGAGUGACUAGUUAUGUACUGGCCAUUUUGAUGAAAGUCUGGGACUUCCGUCUGAAGGAAGUUGCAGUAACUGUCAUUAAUGGGUGUCCAAUACUUAUCCAUCUCCGGUGUCUGCACGGUCCUGAGCUUUUUGGGCCUUCAAUGGUGGGCACAGAAUUUAAUAGAGAAAUUUAAAUUGGAUGGGCUGAUUGGAGAGAGCAUCGUCAAAUCAGAUAAUGCCAAUCACGUGCUUGAUCUCUUAUUGAGUUCUUCCACCACUGUUGCCCUGCUGGCAACUUUUAUUCUCAGUGCCUUCACUCUACUUGUUUUGUCCUUGAAGUCUAUAUUCUUCUCAGAGCUGUCAUCCUCUGAAACUCGAAAACUGUUGGAACGAUUGGGAAACUACCUUAUUUACAAGGGAACAUUUCUACCUUUAGUACUUCCUCCAACAUUGUUUCAUUUUUGCCUAUGGUCAACCUGGUUGACUGUUCUAUGUUCUCUAAAGAUGUUUCAAGCUUUGGCUAGAGAUCGCCUGGAAAGAUUGAAUGCUUCUCCUUCUACAACACCGUGGGCAUAUUUUCGUGUAUAUUCAGUGUUAUUGGUGGUUCUGACUGUUGAUGUGUUCUGGAUUAGACUUUCUCUAAUGAUUCACAAAACAUUGGGGUCUUCGAUGUUCUUGUUGCUACUUUUUGAGCUCUUCUGUGUUAUUUUUGAAACACUUCAGGCCAUUGUGGUUCAUGGAUUCCAGCUUCUUGACAUCUGGGUAAAUCAUUCGGCAGGAAACAGCAGUGGUUGCCGAAUGUUUAAGUUUAUAGAUACAUCUGCGGCAGGUGCAUUAUGGGAAUGGAAGAGCUUUCUGAUUAGAAAUCUUGGUUUUGUCCUUGACAUGGCAACUUUAUUGACUGCUGUGGGGCAUUAUGUGCUUAUCUGGUUGCUUCGUGGCAUGCCACUACAUAUAGUGGAUGUGGUUCUAUUCUUAAAUAUACGUGCCUUACUAAGUGCGAUCAUCAAACGUGUGAAGGGGUUUAUUAAACUGAGAACUGCAUUGGCUACUCUUCAUGCUGCCCUUCCUGAUGCAACAUCUGAAGAGCUCCAAGCAUACGAUGAUGAAUGUGCCAUCUGCAGGGAACCCAUGGCCAAGGCCAAAAGGCUCCACUGCCGGCACCUCUUUCAUCUUGGUUGCUUGAGAUCUUGGUUGGAUCAAGGUCUUAAUGACGCUUAUUCGUGCCCCACUUGUCGAAAGCCGCUUUUUGUUUCCAUAUCUGAGAAUGAAGCAAGCCCUAGCAGUGAAGUUUUGAGUGAUGAACAGCUUGCUCGCCAGUUAAGUGUAGGUCUUGAUGGACAAAAUUCUUCUGAGAAUGUGCUGCCACCAGGACUAUUUCCCAGUCAGACUCAGAAUCCUAUGGAUGAAGGAACUUGGAGAAAUGCCGGACUGAACUCAGGUUGGCUGAAUUCUUGGCCAAGCCAUGGUGUUGAUGGUGCUGGCCCCUCCUCCACUGCCAUGAGAUCAGUUGGACUGGGGAGGGUUCAGAUGAUGAUGAGGCAUCUUGCUUCCAUUGGAGAUACAUACAGCCAGUCUGCUCUUGACGAUGCUGGCUGGGGUAUUUGGCCUACUAAUCUCUCUCAUGCUGGUCCCUCUGGUUCACUUGCUUCUGGUGCUCCUACUGUUGGAAGACAUCCUGGAGCCACUGGUGGUCUACAUUUGAGAACUACCUUGCGUUCUGCAAAUGAUGACAUUGCAAAUAUACUAACAAUGGCUGAAACAGUUCGAGAGGUUUUACCACAUAUUCCAGAAGAGAUGAUUUUUCAGGAUUUGCAGCGAACAAAUUCUGUGACUGUAACUGUGAAUAAUCUUCUCCAGAUCUAAAUGCAUUGUAUCAUAACCAAAAUGCUACAGCUCGUCAAAACACAAAUUCGGAGACUUCAGCGGCAUUCAUCCAUCUAAGUUCGAGCAUAAAUUUCGGAGCUUGUUCUCUUCCAAAUGUUUAAUAAGCCUCAGUCUUUGUAUAUAGAGACAGCUUGAUCUUGUGCUUCAUAAAGUAAAGUAGUUCAAGUACCCUUUUUCCUGUGUAUGUCUGAGAGUGGAAUGCUACAAGCACGCAUUGUACUAGUUGACAAUGAUGAAGUAUGCCGUAUACAUUCCAUCACAAAGGGCGCAAUCCGGUUUCACGGAAUGCGCAUCCCUGUAAAUCUCAAUAAAUUGGGUGUGUACUAAUCUCGAUGUCAAAGGACAUUCAUACAAGUGGAAGUCAGUUAGAAAAUUCUCCAAUCCUUCAA